AUGAACGGCAUCCGCACCGCUGCGUCAUCGGCGGAGAAUGUCUCGGACCACACCCAACCAAGCAACAGCAGUAGCGAUGUAGAGAAGGACCCGCUGCCAUCCGACGGGCUCGAGCCGACGAGGAGCGGCAGCUUAUACUUCUCCUCAACCAUUUCGCUUCCUCGCGAGAUCUUGCUCGUCACUGUCGUCUGCUGCGCCCAGCUGACAACACAAGCCGGUCUUGGUCAAGUUUUGGGCAUUCUCAAAAUCAUCGCUGAUGACUUCGAUAUCCACUCGCCAGGCGAGGAGUCAUGGCUGAUAGCGGCCUACAGUCUGACUGUUGGCUCCUUCAUCCUGAUCUCAGGGCGUCUCGGUGAUGUCUUUGGCUACAAGAAGAUGCUGAUCAUUGGCUACCUCUGGUACUCUCUGUGGUCUUUGGUCUGCGGCCUGUCCGUCUACCGCGGCUCAUUCAUGUUCACCUUUGCCCGAGCGCUGCAGGGCAUUGGUCCUUCGAUCCUGCUGCCCAACGGUCUUGCUGUCCUCGGCGCCUCUUAUCCCUCGGGCCACCGCAAAAACAUGGUCUUCUCCUUGUUUGGUGCCUGCGCACCGGGCGGCUGUAUCCUGGGCGCGGCCCUCGCUGGCGUCUUUGCCGAGUUUGCCUGGUGGCCAUGGACGUUCUUUGUCUUCUCUAUUGGCCUGCUAAUCCUCGCCAUCCUCGCGAUCUACGUGGUGCCUGCGAUCCCGCCGUACAAGGAUCCCAAGACGCUCACCUUCAAGGAACUCAUCGUUGAGACGGACAUUAUUGCGGGCAUGGCCGGGGUCACCGGGCUGAUUCUUAUCAACGUCGCAUGGAACCAAGCGCCGAUCGCGGGCUGGACCACGCCCUAUGUCUACGUCUUACUUAUCCUUGGCUUUCUGGUCUUGUCGGCGUUCUUAUACGUCGAGUUCUACCAGUCCAAGCACCCGCUGCUCCCCCUCCACGUCCUCAACUCCAACGUCGGCUUCGUCCUGACCUGCAUGGCCUUUGGCUGGGGCUGCUUCGGCAUCUGGUCCUACUACGUGUGGAUCUUCUGCUCGCGCGUGCUCGAGCUGUCGCCGCUCCUCGUCAUUGCGUGGUUCAGCCCCGUCGUCGUGGCCGGUGCCGUCGCCGCCGUCUGCACGGGUCUUGUCCUCGGCCGGAUCGGCCCGGCAUGGACGAUGCUGGUCGCCAUGAGUGCCUUCCUGACCGGCUCGGCGCUCUUCGCCUUCCGCCCAACCGAGCAGAUCUACUGGGCCCAGAUGUUCCUCUGCACCAUCAUCACCCCCUGGGGCAUGGACAUGAGCUUCCCUGCGGCGACCCUCAUCCUGAGCGACUCGGUCCCGCGGCAGCACCAGGGUGUCGCCGCCAGUCUCGUCAACACCGUCGUCAACUACAGCAUCUCCCUCGCGCUCGGCUUCGCGGGCACUGCGGAGGUGUACCUGAGCCGCGGCACCUCGACCAAGGAGGACCUCGAGCACGGAUACCGCGUCGCGCUGUAUUUGGGCGUCGGACUCGCGGGGCUUGGGUGGCUGACCAGCAUAACAUUUCUGGCCAAGACCUCUAUGAGUAGGAGGAGGACAAAAGAUUAG